AGUCGGAAGAAAUAUUAGAGGUCACCCAAGGCAGCCGUCCCCUCUGCAGCCUCCCUGACAAGUGUUUUAAGACUGAGCAUUCUUCACGAGCAGAAAGGAAGACACGAGACGCAUUCGGGAUGUUUGACGGUUAUGACAGCUGCAGUGAGGAUACGAGUAGCAGCUCCAGCUCUGAGGAGAGUGAAGAAGAAGUUGCUCCUUUACCUUCCAAUCUCCCAAUUAUCAAAAACAAUGGGCAGGUGUACACAUACCCAGAUGGUAAAUCUGGCAUGGGUGAGUAUGUGCAGUUUCCCUUCGGUAAGCCUCCAACAAAGAAAGCAAAAGUUCUCCAGAAGCAACCUUUAGUAGCUAAACUAGCUGCAUAUGCUCAGUAUCAAGCCACCUUGCAAAGUCAAGCAAAGACAAAAGCAGCCAUCUCCAUGGAAGGUUUCAGCUGGGGGAACUACAUCAAUAGCAAUAGCUUUAUAGCAGCUCCAGUUACCUGUUUCAAACAUGCACCUAUGGGGACCUGCUGGGGUGAUAUCUCAGAAAAUGUGAGAGUAGAAGUUCCCAAUACAGACUGCAGCCUCCCUACCAAAGUCUUCUGGAUUGCUGGGAUUGUAAAACUAGCAGGUUACAAUGCCCUUUUAAGAUAUGAAGGAUUUGAAAAUGAUUCUGGUCUGGACUUCUGGUGCAAUAUAUGUGGUUCUGACAUCCACCCUGUUGGCUGGUGUGCAGCCAGUGGGAAGCCUCUCGUCCCUCCUAGAACUAUUCAACAUAAGUAUACAAACUGGAAAGCUUUUUUAGUGAAGCGACUCACGGGUGCCAAAACACUUCCACCUGACUUCUCCCAGAAGGUUUCAGAGAGUAUGCAGUACCCUUUUAAACCUUGCAUGAGAGUAGAAGUGGUUGACAAGAGGCAUUUGUGUCGGACACGAGUUGCAGUGGUGGAAAGUGUAAUUGGAGGAAGAGUAAGACUGGUGUAUGAAGAGAGUGAAGACAGAACUGACGACUUCUGGUGCCACAUGCACAGCCCACUAAUCCAUCACAUUGGUUGGUCUCGAAGUAUAGGCCAUCGAUUCAAAAGAUCUGAUAUUACAAAGAAACAGGAUGGACAUUUUGAUACACCACCACAUUUAUUUGCUAAGGUGAAAGAAGUAGACCAGAGUGGUGAGUGGUUCAAGGAAGGAAUGAAAUUGGAAGCGAUAGAUCCAUUAAAUCUUUCUACAAUAUGUGUUGCAACCAUUAGAAAGGUGCUUGCUGACGGAUUUCUAAUGAUUGGGAUCGAUGGCUCAGAAGCAGCUGAUGGGUCAGACUGGUUCUGUUACCACGCCUCCUCUCCUUCUAUCUUCCCAGUCGGUUUCUGUGAAAUUAACAUGAUUGAACUCACUCCACCCAGAGGUUACACAAAACUUCCUUUCAAAUGGUUUGACUACCUCAGGGAAACUGGCUCUAUUGCAGCACCAGUAAAACUAUUUAACAAGGAUGUUCCAAAUCACGGUUUCCGUGUUGGAAUGAAAUUAGAAGCAGUCGAUCUCAUGGAGCCACGACUGAUUUGUGUCGCCACAGUCACUCGAAUUAUUCACCGUCUCUUGAGGAUACAUUUUGACGGAUGGGAAGAAGAAUAUGAUCAGUGGGUAGACUGUGAGUCCCCUGACCUCUAUCCUGUAGGGUGGUGUCAAUUAACUGGAUAUCAGCUACAGCCUCCAGCAUCACAGUCAUCAAGAGAAAACCAAUCAGGUUCAUCAAAACAGAAGAAAAAGUCUAAGUCCCAGCAAUACAAAGGACAUAAGAAAAUGACUGCACUGCAGCUGAAGGAGGAGCUGCUGGACGGAGAGGAGUACCAUUUCCUCCAGGGAGCGUCUGACCAGGAGAGCAAUGGCUCUGCCAGCUUCUACAUCAAACAGGAGCCAUGAGGCAGCUCAGAACCCACCCACAGGCGGGAGGGGCAGCGUUUCACACAGGACGAUUUAUAGCAAUCCAGCUGUACAGGGGGGCUCUUCUACUACUGGGACAUUUUGCUAAACAUAGAAAAUUUCAGUUCCAGAUUUUUCAGGUGGGUGGGGAAACUAUUUUAGCCCGGGAGGAAAUUUUUCAAUUUAUAAAGAUGGACAAUUUUUGUGUUGUAUUUGAAGCUUUUGAAAGAAUUUUGUAAUAUUUUCCAAGUUUGGAUUUAUGUGCAUUGUUAACAAGAACUGAAACUCUAACUUUUUGGUAAAAUUAAAAUUUUAGGUAGCAGGAUUGAAGGAAAUUAUUUCAGAAGGCUAUCGGCAUAAAUGCAAAUGAACUGUCAUUACAAAUGAACCUUUUUUUGGUACCUGUUGGGAGACGUUGGGAUGUUUAGAAGUUAGGCCAGUCACACCUCCAGCUUCCUGUGCUGCAGACUUAUGCAACUGAGCCCCAGCCGGCUGCCCACCCGCCUGCAGGGGGGCUCUCACCACAGACCACGGAAGGAACGGGAAGUGAAUUUUGCUCGUGACCAUUUUGUUGCAGCCCGUUUUAAAGGUUUGUGCAGAAAUGUUUUUCAUUCUGUGAAAAAAAAGUUAUUUGGAGUUCUAUAUGAAACUGGAAGAACUCUGGAUACGUUUUUAUAUGUUCUUUUAAUUAAUUAAAAAAAGAUUAAAAUUUUCCUAACACUAAAGUGUUAAACUGGAAUGGUUGAUAGGAUAUACAGGAUCUCAGCCUACAUGUUGAGGGGUUGGGGAAAAUGCAAUAUUGUCCUAAGUUUGCUUUCUUUUUCUUACUGAAAUAUACUCCCCAGCAGGGAAUCUGAUAGUUCUCUGCCAGCCGUCUCUCCCCACCUGUGAGACAGUAGUUGGGAUGACCACACCCCCAAACAGAUGUUCUGUGUUAGCAGGAGAAUCAAAAUCUCCGCGAGGCCAAAAUAAGUUCAGGUUUCAUAAUCAUUCCAGCUCUGCUUUAACUAUCCUGAGUUUUUUUAGAAACUAAAUUGAAAAAGAAUUGCUUUUAUUUUCUGAAAAAUUCCAUCUCUGUAGUAGGCGUUGUCUUUAGCUGUUCAGAAUUAUUUUUUAAAACAAUAACUGAUUUGGACCAUUUUAAACAUUCCCUGUUUUAAGUUCCUAUCGCUUCCUUUUAAAAAGGAUGCAAGGGUCAAUUGGUGAAAAGGUUUGCUCUCUGCAUUUUCUCACUUUCCACCGAGCUGUGACUGAAAUGAGAGCUCCGGCGUUUACCAGUGAGGUUCAGAAACUAAACUCUCAGGAAUUAAUUGCAUCUGUGUGCUUCUGGGUCUUAGCCCGGCCUCUUCAGAGUGGUAAUGUUGACCAUCUCCUCUGGAACAUAGGCAGGGCUGAUUAGAAAUUAAUCAAAGUGAUUAACCUCUGCAGCCCUUCAACCUAUGGAAUGCUUUAAAAAUGCUAAUGGAAAGCCCCAGGAGACCAUUUUAGUAGGUAAGUUUUUGUUUGAAUUUUAAAAUGCAUAGAACAUUAAAAACCAGCAAUUUAUUUUCUAAAAUAUUGCUCUACUUUUGGGUAUAAAACAUUGGUAAUACGCACAGGUUUACCUCAUUCUAUGCAAGAGGGGUUAAUAACAUAAGGUUUUGUAGUUGCUACUGGAAGUAAAAUUUGUUACUUUAUAGUGUAAGAAUGUAUGGAAUUGCAUGUCAACAUUUCUUAAUACUGACUCUUGGGAGGGGCACUAAAUGCAGAUCAUAUCAACACAGAUCGAUUCUCAUGUGUCAAAUGUAUGUGAAUUCAGCUGUUAAAUUACUGGAUAUUUAUCUUAACAUUGCUGGGGGGGGCCUACUGUAAAAUGUGACAUUCUCACACUUCCCAAGUCUUUAACUUUUAAGCAUCUUCCCAUAAACUUAAAGCCUACAAGACUUCUAAAGCAGGAAGUUCCGUUAGUCUGCACACACCCAGGCCUCUGGUUGCCAUGAUGCCGGCAGUUGUAGGGCGGGCCCAGGGGAACAGUACACCAAGAGGAGCCAGUCAGUCCUGGGGAUUCGCUCUAUGAAAUGCUCAUUUGUCGCCAGAUUAGAUACGCUUCCAAUCCUGCAGCAAAACCAGGCUGAGUGAUGGUGAAUUUCCUGCCCACUCAUGAAGUGUGUGUGUGUCUUGUCUUGAUCCCUGACCAACAGCUAAAAGUUGGUAAGGGCUCUCUACAGUCUAAACACAAGCUGAAGCCUCUUCACGAUUCAGGCGCUAACUCCUCCUGCUGGUGAACGGAAAACACCAGUUACUGCGGAGGAGACUGAUGUCUUAGCCAUAAUUCAAGUCAUCUAACUCCGUCCCCCAGUCCUCUCUCAGUUCAAAGUCACUGCUGACCUGGGGGGGUGAUUAUUUUUUUUCUUGUUAGAAUUAUUUGGGGACUUUUGGUAAUUUAAAUUCUUUAACCUUUUCCUUGCUGUGUAUGAGGAAAGCUAAAGCUGUUAUCAACUUAUUCUACGGAUACUAACACGGGUUUUCAGUGUUUGUUUGUUUUUUAUUAUUAUUUUGCGUGAUGUGAAUGCCCUCUCCCAUCAAUAUUUGUAUUAUGGUGCUAUAUAUUUGGUAAUGAUCCUUUAAUAUUGGGAAGGGAUUUUUUAAAAUACUGUGAUUGAACUGGGUUUCUUCCUUUGAUUUUCAUCUUUUAAAUCAAGCCACAGUCCUUUAUACAAAAGAAAAGCAUCUGUCCCCGGGUGAGUCUUUGGAGGACAGAGGUCGAAGUAAACUGCAUACGGUUUCUACAUCGUUGCUGUAUGUAUUUGAUAUCUAGAUCAAUAUCUGUACAAAUUCAGUCUUUUAUUUUCUUGGUAACUUGUGAUCGCCGAGAAAGUGUUUGAAACUUUCUCAUGAAAUGUAUAUAAUGGCGUGAAAAUUUCCUUCAGAGAAAUUUAUGUUCCUUUCAUUUUUACCAAAUUGCAAAUUUUCAGCAUGGAUGUGAAAAGCAUUAAGAUUAUAACUUUGUGUACACGAAAAAUAAUUCACUAAAUUUGCCCUUUUUUUACACAAAAUAAAAUGUCAACAUUAAGUUGUA